GACACAAAAGUAAGUCACGAGAUGUCAGUGUCUUCAGUGAACAGAUGAGUGGUUUCAAUGACAACACAAGUGUUGAGACAGAAAUGGCUUCCAGUUUAAGACCCGUUGGCUUUGAGUUUGAAUCACGACAUCACUUAAACAGGUCAUCCAUGGACUCAAUGCACGAGAUCUCAAUCCAAGACUCAUCGCAUGUCAGCCAAAGACCAGCAACACUGCCGUUGGAAUCGCCGUUUGCAUCGGUUUCCACCGAUUCGGACGACCAAAGUUCUGCCAAUGGUGUGACAGGAGGAGGAAAGUUGCAAACACCGAUGGAUCAGAUAAAGGAAUGGUCGCUAACGACAUACAAGUGCACCAAACAAUUGGUUAACGAAAAGUUAGGUAAAUGUCAGCGAACUGUUGAUAUCGACUUAGAGGCCGACAUCGAGAGACUACGAGAGACUCAACAUAAAUACUCAUUGAUACUGAAGAUGACGAGAGAUAUGUCUUCACAAUAUCAGACUAUUAUCGGACAACAGAUAUCGUUAUACGAGUGUCUCAAUGAGUUAGCGAUGAAAGAAAGUAAAACAAAUAAUGGACUCAAUGACGACAAUACUGUUGACAAUGGCGUCAAUAAUAGCAAUAAUUCACUAAAUUUGGGAACAGAUUUCCGACAAAAUGCAGAAAUGAUGCGAAAUGUGGCUAAAAAUGGCGAAAAACUUCUGUUGGCUCUCAAGUUCUUUACGUCUAAUUUAACGACUUUAGUACACAAGACUAUCGAAGAUACGAUUAUUACUAUAAAAGCCUACGAAAUGGCACGACUCGAGUACGACGCCGAACGGAACAACUCGUCGACCACUACGUUAACCAAUCAAGUGAUGGCCACCGAAAAGUUACGCAAUACUAAGUGCAAAUACGACAGACUUCGUGAGGAUGUCAUCGUUAAGAUGAAGUUCUUGGACGAGAAUAAGGCUAAAGUGAUGCACAAACAACUGAUUUUAUUUCACAACGCAUUUGCGGCCUUUGCUUCGGGAAACGCGACCGCUUUGGACUCAACUCUCAAACAAUUUAGUAUUAAAGCCAUUCAACCGUCGUUUCUUGAAAAAUAGUUAUUCAAAUCAAAUCAAUACUAUUUUUAUUGAUUUUUUAUUUGUAUAUCAGAUGUCAGGUGUUAAACGAUAUGAAACUUAUGGACAAAUUUUGUUAUA